GAGUUGCCUGCAACCGCAACCGAUGGUAGGGCCAUAGUACGCCCAAAACGAGCGAUUGAGUACCGUAAGGUAAAGAGAGCAGGGCGCUACCGUUGGGAAGUACUAGUUGACUGGGAAGAGUUGCCAUCUGAAGAAGCCACGUGGGAAGAUCUUGAAGAGAUGCGCGAUCAGUUCCCGAACUUAAUCCUUGGGGACAAGGACUCACUUGAAGGGGACGGGAAUGAUGCGGAAGUGGCUAGGCAGCUCAAGAACACCGCAAGUCGAGCCUACCAUGCACGAAGGAGACAAGCACGGGUGACGGCGGAAGUACGCGCAUUAACAGGCAAGAAUGGGUCGCGCACGGAUGGCGUGCAUGGAGAAGAUGGGCAGGACGCGCAGGCCGCUGUGCUGGCCAGCGCGAUCGCGGAAGGUUCGCGUAGCGAUGAAGCACGCGCAUCCUCAUACCUCGAGGUAUGCGGAAUGGUGAGGAGUCAUGCGAGCGAGGAGGCAGCCGGGGGCGAAAGCGCGCGCGAUACGCUGGACGGGGCAGCACGCGCGAUGCGCGAGGCCAUACUCCUAGAGGAAUGCGGAGUGGCGCAGCAGCACGCGCGCGGUAGGGCGUGCGAGGCGGUGCGCCAAAGGCGGUGCGCGCGAGGGGCCGAAGGUUGGAGGCGGUGGAAGACUUGGAGUGCACACCAAGAUAAUUA